UAUUGGACAUGACGGGAUAUUUUUGUUGUGGUACAAUUAGUUAUGCAAGAAAUGACGGUGGAAAUAUUUUGAUUUGGUACAUGAAAAUGUAAAAGCAAAAGUAAAAUUGAUGGAAACAAAUCUCUGGUGAGAAAAUUGGCAUAUUGUUUUUAUGCGGAUUUGAGAAUAUGCGCAUGAAAAUCUGUCGACAAUUGGAUGGAAACCUAGCUAGUGAAGAAGACAUACCUACACAAAUCAAGCUUAAGACGGCUCUCUACUAAACGAGCACAAAUAUUAGGUAGCCUAGCGGUUAUGGUUCGAAUCCCCGAGCCGACUAGGUUAAAAAGCUAUCGAUGUGCCCUUGAGCAAGGCACUUAACCUUAAUUGCUCCUGUACGUUGUCUGCUAAAUUAUUAAAACGUACAAUGGUGGAUAGCAGUGAACAGCAGCAGUAAAGUUAACGCCCUUAAAAUUGUGAUUGGACAUUAUGGAUACUGCUGCACAAGACUUCGAUUCAAUUGGUGGAAUUUAUGUCCAUCAUGUUACUCUCGCUGUCUAGUUUAAUGCUCAAAAUGCUGGUGGAAAGAAGGAAGAUGUACAUGAAGUGAGGAUUCCUGAGUUUCUGCAAUGGUCAGACUAUCCAUUUAUUGCCACACAUUCCACAACUCGGAGUUGCUAUGAAGGCGGGGGCCUCGUCCAUGUGGGCUUCAUGCUGUGGUCUGCUGAAUGAAGUCAUGGGCACAGGGGCAGUGAGAGGCCAGCAGCCCGGGUUCGGAGCCAGUGCUGGACCCUUCCGGUUUGCCCCCAGCGCAGGAUACUCCACAUACCCGCCCACAACCUCAGGGAGCCCCAGCCUUGUAUGUAAGGCCUGUGGCCAGGCAUUCUCUGUCUUCAGGAGGAAGUAUACCUGUUGCGACUGUAAGAAGAGCUUCUGUACGCUGUGCUCCAUGCUUCAGGAGAACUUGCGUAUAUGUGCCACAUGUCACCUGCUGAAGGGGACAGCCUUCCAGAGACCACAGCUGAUGCGGCUGAGGGUCAGAGACCUGCGGCAGUACCUGCUGCUACGCAACGUCCCCACAGACACAUGCAGGGAGAAGGAGGACCUGGUGGAACUGGUGCUGUGUCACCAGGGGACCGAAAGGGAGGGGGACCCCGACAUGGCUAGCUUCAACUCCCGCUCCCUCUACACCCUGCCCCCUUCCGCCACACGCUCCGCCUCCGAGCUGUCUAUGCUCUCCGCCUCUCAGGGGGAAGCGCUCAGCAGGAGCGACAGCUCAGGGACUACCAACCAGGAUAUAGGAGACGCCACGUCUCUCUCCACCCUGAACCUGGAACCCAGUGAACACACACCAGAGGUGAUCCCUCAGAUGUGGCAGCGAGCACGGGCCUCUCUCUCAGACAUCUCCAGCCUGAGGGACAUCGAGGGCCUGUCCGUCAGACAACUGAAGGAGAUCCUGGCCAGGAAUUUUGUCAACUAUUCAGGCUGCUGUGAGAAGUGGGAGCUGGUAGAGCGCGUCAGCCGCUUGUACAGAGAGACAGAGGAGAACAGGAAGUCAUUUGAAAACGUGAACACAGCUAUAACUUCAGUGGUGGCCUUGCCCCUUCCUCCCAUCUGCAUUGGAGGGAUUGGAGGUAAGGUAUCUGAAAAAGAUGGGGAGAAGGCCCAGCUGACCAACCUGGAUGACAGCCUGUGUAGGAUCUGCAUGGACGCUGCGAUUGACUGCGUCCUUCUGGAGUGUGGUCACAUGAUCACCUGCACCAAGUGUGGUAAGCGGAUGAGCGAGUGUCCCAUCUGCAGGCAGUACGUUGUGAGAGCUGUGCACGUCUUCAAGUCCUAAUGUCUCAACCCAUCACCACCGUCUCAGAACAUCUUCAACAAAACAUUCAUCUCCAGAGAAACGGAGAUCUGUUGUUCCGUCACGGUCCAUACUGGGAGACUGCCUCCAUGCUCUCACCACCAAUACUUCUUGUUGUGGGUGUUCAUGUUUUCAUCCCCUGAAACGCUUACAUUUAUUUGCACACUUAAACGUGAAUAUAAAAAAUGCAGUGUUCUCUUUUUACCUUGUAUUAUUUAGUCUGACUAAUCAGUGUUUGAAGGGAAAAAAGGGCAGCAGUCUACCCUCGUAUUAAUCCAUUCCAUUACUAAACACAUCCUUGCCUUGUUCCUAUCAAGAAUGUGAGCUAUUCAAUCACAUGUGCAUUGUUGUCUAACAUGACGUAUCACUUUCGAAUCUGCCUGCUAUGAACUGUAGCAUUUGCUGCAAAUAACUGCAUAUCUUAGUAAUUCUGAAGAAAAUACAGUACUGUGCAACAGGAUGGGGGAUGAGCAAAUUAGAGKUCUAUUUGGAUUUUAAUUCAAAACAGCAAUAUCCAAUGUCAUUUGCUCUUUUUUCAUGUCUUAGCACUGAGUGUUAAGAUGGAAAAGAAAAACAGGUGCUAAAUACAUUCAAAUGUUUUUCCAACUUAAAAAUUGUGGAUUUUCUUUCAUUAAUAUUUUCCAUUUUAUUUUGAAAGUGGAAGGAAUAGUUUGUUUUUAAUUGAUAAAUGAUUGUAGUUAACACAACUAAUCGAAGAGAGCUGCAACUUAACUGACACUGGAAUAUAAAGUGUGUCAUAUAUAUAUAAUAUUAGUACCAUUGUAGAAUAAUAGGGAAGACAUCAACACUACGAAAUAACACAUAUGGA